UCUCUCUCUCUCUCACCACACCUCACGCGCACACGCACCACCCUACAGGCAACAUGGUGAUGGCUCAGAAGACCAAGGAGGCGGAGAUCACGGAGCAGGACUCGCUGCUUCUAACAAGGAAUUUGCUCCGGAUUGCUAUAUACAACAUCAGCUACAUCAGAGGCUUAUUCCCUGAGAAGUACUUCAAUGAUAAGUCUGUUCCGGCUCUAGAGAUGAAGAUUAAGAAGCUGAUGCCCAUGGAUGAUGAGUCAAGGAGGUUGAUUGAUUGGAUGGAGAAAGGUGUCUAUGAUGCUUUACAAAAGAAAUAUCUCAAGACCCUUCUGUUUUGCAUAUGUGAGAAGGAAGAAGGCCCAAUGAUUGAGGAGUAUACCUUCUCAUUUACCUACCCCUCGAAGGGUGAGGAUGUUUCAAUGAACUUGAGUCGCACAGGGAGCAAGAAGAACAGUGCCACAUUCAAAUCAAACGCAGCAGAGGUCACUCCUGAUGAGAUGAGGAGUUCUGCUUGUAAGAUGAUCAGAACGCUGGUUUCACUUAUGAGGACCUUGGACCAAAUGCCAGACGAGCGAACCAUUCUAAUGAAGCUGCUAUACUAUGAUGAUGUAACACCUGAGGAUUACGAGCCUCCCUUUUUCAAGGGCUGUGUUGACAAUGAGGCCAUAAAUAUAUGGAACAAGAACCCCUUGAAGAUGGAAGUGGGGAGUGUCAAUAGCAAGCAUCUUGUGUUAGCUCUGAAGGUUAAGAGUGUCCUUGACCCUUGUGAAGCUAACGAUGGUAACAGUGAAGAUGACAACAUGAGCUUGGGUCAUGAGUCUGAUGAAGAUGAUGACUCUUCUGACACUGAGGUUCGCCCAUCGGAAGGGGAUCGUUACGUUGUUGCUCCUAAUGAUGGAAAUUGCAAAGGUCAAAGUGGUUCAGUUUCAGAAGAGGAUACUCAAGAUCCUGCUCACGAGGAAGCGAUAACAGCUCAAGUAACAGAAUGGAUAUGCUCAAGAGACAUCAGUAAUGUCCAUGCUUCAGAUGUCCUUUCUAACUUCCCUGACAUAUCAAUGGAAAUGGUGGAAGAUAUUCUGGAGAAGCUACUUAAAGAUGGUUUACUUUCCAGGGCAAGCAAGGAUAGUUAUGCUGUUAACAAGAUUACUGAUCCCAGAACUCCACAUAUAAAGAAAGAGGUCCUGAUGCAAGAUGUUUCACCUCAUGAAGGAACUAAAAGCAACAAUGUUGAUACGAUGUAUAUGAAGGCAUUGUACCAUGCACUUCCAAUGGAUUAUGUGACCAUAGCCAAGCUUCAGGGAAAGCUAGACGGGGAAGCCAACCAGAGCACAGUCCGGAAGUUAAUUGACAAAAUGGUGCAAGAUGGAUACGUUAAGAAUUCAGGCAACCGAAGAUUAGGCAAAGCUGUGAUUCACUCUGAAGCCUCCAACAGAAAGCUCCUUGAGAUAAAAAAGAUACUGGAAGUUGAUUUUGACAAAGAAUUGCCCACUGAUACCAACCCAGGAGGUGCUGAGUUUGAACGCAGAGACCACCCUAUGACUGACCAAGAAAUGAAAGAUGGCUCGACAAACGGCUGCUUCCACUCUGUCGGAUCUGAUCUUACACGCACUCGGGAGCUACCGGAGGCAGAGCAGAAUAUGUCCACGCAGAAGGACCCCAGCAGGACUCCGACCAGCAUUCGCGAGCCGGCUACAUCCCUGGAGAGUGGGGUGCUUGGACAGAGGACCAGAAAGCCCUUGGCUGGCGGGGACGUGUCGCAGUGCAACCAGCAAGCAAAGCGAGCCAAGAAGGCCAGCAUGGCCAAGGAGCCGAUCCUCCAGUACGUGAAGCGCCAGAAGACCCUUGUUCAGUGAGUCGCGGAAUCCGGCAGAGCAACUAACCUUCGUAGCUCAGGUGAAGAAGCAGAUAUCCCUAGUUCGGUGAAGAAGCAGAUGUCCCCAGUUCAGUUCGUCCAGGUGCUUUGCAACUUGUGAAGAUAGUGAGAGAGAGCACCCGAGGCAGAUGUAGAUCUUUUAUCCUAGGCUCUUGGUCCUUGGUAGUAAAACGUAAAAGAGAGACUUGUCCAUGAUGUUGUUUCACGCAAGACUGUACUGAGAUCACUUUGCCUUCUGCUGAAACGUGACAGUACCAUCUUGUACACAUUUGGUUGGAUCGUUA